AAACAUUUCAAAAUCGUUUUAUAUACUAUUACCUCACGAAUCAUUUAGAUAUGAAUUCGCAAGGUCAGUUUUCUGACUCAGGAAACAACCAACAUCCUUUUAUUUCUGCCUCUUACAAUCUACAGGAUACUCCUGUUUCAUCUCAUGAAAAACAAGAAAGUUCAACUACCCCGAGCGAGAAUGUGUCGCAGUCUCCUUACUUUCAGUCUCAACCAACAGUAAACAACUUAUGUGUACAACCCGAUUCUUCCGCAAAUCUUAAAACUCAGCCCGUUCAUCCUACUGUUUUUUUCUUUCGACCACCAAACGAUUAUUAUCAUUAUCAUGUUAUUUGCAAGGAAAUCUCAAACGAUAUCGUUGCAUACUUAUUAAAUAAAUCAUUAAAAGAACGUAGCGUUCAACCUAAUGAAAAUGAAUGUAUUUUCUAUUAUCAGCAACAAUGUAAUAACCGACUUUAUCAAGUAUCAUGCGAAAUUGUUUCCCCUCUCUUGGUCAAUAAUUGUUUGAGUAAAAAUUUUCUUGGAGUUGAAUUUCAACAAAACAUGGAACAAGAGCAUAUAGUACUAACUUUUGAUCAAAAAGAAUAUCUUGAAUGUCAUUUAAAGAAAUAUUUAAGUCAAUAUUUAUUAGGCUAAGCAAUUUUUUUAUCAACGACUUAUUUUAUUAACUUCUUUUUUUUUUAUAAAAAAGUAUUUAUA